AUGAUAAAUGGUCAAAAUGGAGUUGUGGAGAUUAACCUGCACAACCAAGCUAAUGAGAGUUACAUGGACAACCUGAUCCGUCGUCUACAGAUGUACUCCAGGAYCCUGGAGCAUCUGGUGGAGGAGAGGACGGCGCUGUACAAGGCUGAGAGAGACAGGGCCGACUGCCUCAACUUUAUGCUGCUGCCUGGUCCUGUGGUGCGUUCUCUGAAGGAGACGGGCAUUGUGGAGCCGGAGCUGUUUGAGGAGGUGACGGUGUACUUCAGCGACAUCGUGGGCUUCACCACCCUGUGCCAGUACAGCACCCCCAUGGAAGUGGUGAACAUGCUCAAUGACAUCUACAAGGGAUUCGACUGCAUCCUCGACCACCACGACGUAUACAAGGUGGAGACCAUAGGUGAUGCGUACAUGGUGGCGUCGGGGUUGCCGCGGCGGAACGGUAACAGGCACGCGGUGGACAUCUCACGCAUGGCCCUGGACAUUCUGGCAUUUAUGGGGACCUUCCAGCUCAGACACCUGCCAGGGCUACCUGUGUGGAUCCGCAUUGGGAUGCACUCAGGCCCCUGUGCAGCAGGAGUGGUGGGGAUAAAGAUGCCCAGAUACUGCCUGUUUGGAGACACAGUCAACACUGCCUCUAGCAUGGAYUCAACGGGACAUCCCUUGAGAAUCCACGUCAGUCAGCCCACCAUCAGCAUCCUACAGAGGACAGACUGCAAGUUUGAGUACGAGAAGAGAGGGGAGACUUUCCUCAAAGGUAAAAGCACAGAGUUGACCUACUGGUUGACGGGUGAAACAGGAGAGGACUACAACCUGCCAACGCCACCGACAGUGGAGAACUGCCAGCGUCUGCAGCAGGAUCUGGCCAAGAUGAUCCAGGAAUGUCUGGACAACCGUUCACUGGGGUCAGAGGUCAUGGAGAAGAGGAAUACCCUGUCCAUGAGGCAGAGGAGGGCGGGGAGGGACGGAGGGGAGCAGGCGGAAGAGGAGGAGGAGGAGGAUGACCAGCCGGCGUACCUCCAUCUGGCUACCGUCGACAACUUCACUACUUUCUUGUAGUUAUUUUGAUCAGGAGAAAUAUGGUUAUUAUUCCAAUGUACGUGACCUUAGUUUUCACACAAUCAAUCUACAUACAUACAUUCGUACAUAUUCCUUUUAAUGAAUUGCAAUAUAUAUGAGAGACCAUUGUUGAUUAUUUUUUAACCUGAAAAAUAAA